GUCCCACCAAAACAGGAAGUUUUUAGAGUUUACACAGCUAGCUAACUAGCCUCGGAGUCAGUGCGCUUUUUCAGCUUCAACGUUCGGUGUUGAGUAACAGCCUUUAUCCGCGGUGCCAGGCGUCAGCUUGUUGUGGGGUUUGCUCUUUGUCAAGCGGAAAAGAAAGCACCGUAACAUGAAGCUAUGGAGGAGCGGAAGCUAAAGAGAAAGAACCCCAGGUCCUCCACCAACUCUGCGGCUCCGACUGGUGGCUCUGGCCGGAAAACGAGCACUUCCUCCGGGGGACGGCACGUCGGCUACAGCCACAACACGGGGACUCAUUCCAGCCAGAAGAACAAGAGUAGGAGGGGAACGAGUAAAGAUAAACCCAGGAAUCAUCAAGGCUUGGGUGCUAAAGCUAAUCAGAACCAGGGUCAGGCAGCUCCAGCCAUCCAGCACUCUUUUCUGACUGAUGUUUCAGAUGUACAGGAGAUGGAGAAUGGUCUGCUCAGCCUCCUAAAUGACUUCCACUCAGGGAAACUACAAGCAUUUGGUAAUGAGUGCUCCAUUGGCCAGAUGGAGCAUGUGAGAGAGAUGCAGGAGAAGUUGGCUCGAUUGCACUUUGACCUUUACAGUGAGGUGGACACAAUGCCGGAGGACCAGAGGAAGAUGGCCUGUGACACCAACAUGGACAAAUUACUUCUUAAUCUUGAGGAGCUGAGUUCGUCUAUUCAGAAACUAAACCUCGCCGACUCCCAGGACAUCCCGAGGACUGCCAGCAUGUGAAUUUCUUUCCUCUUCUCCACUCCAUCUCACCUGAAUGUUUUCUUUACGCCACCUGGAGGAGCUGCAGUGAAUAAGGGGGGCUUGAAGCAAUGUAUCUCUUAAGUAUUGAGGCAGAAAAGCCUGUGACUUCACCAGCGUUUCCUGCACUUGCAGGUGGAGGGAUUUAUUGUAAGAUGUCCCAAACAGGUAUGCACUGAAAGUAUUAUUUUAGUGGCAAGUGCUAAAUGCAGUGGUUAAUUUUAAAUAGGAAUAGCUUUAAAUAAAUGUGAAAAACCAGACAUUCUCAUUUAUAUUAGAAUCAGAGAGAAGGCAAUAUAUGAUCUGUGGUGUUUCAUGUCUGGAAUUGCUUGUUUUAACUUUAAUUUCCAAACUGCAGUGUAUGGCUAACCAAAGUUACACAUGUAUUUAAGCUCCUUCUUUGCACUUUGUUGCAUCUAAUGUCAAAGUCGAUCAAUGUCUGUAACCUUACAAACUAAAGACUUGGAGCUAAAAUGAUAAAAGUAAAGAUACAGUGUCAGAGUAGAGCUUAAACAAACUUGUAUUUUGUCUUUGAGACACUAAAAACUUAACACAAUAUCUCCUUGUAAAAUUAAUUUACAAUAUAAUUGGCUAAAAACAAUCAUUUAAAGCAUAGAUUCUGCGCUGUAUGAAACCCUGUUCAUAACCUUUGUGUAUGUUUGUCCUGGCCCAUGUGAGAGGCCUACUAUCACCUCCAACACGUCGCUCAGUGUUGAAUCUUUUUGCACAUUUUCAUGCACUGCACAUUAUCACGGCUGCGUUGGAUUGAUGCUGGAGGGCGAAGAAUCCAAAUGUUGACAUCACAAACAUGCCUUAAUUUUUUGAUUUAAUCAUUUUUGCCUUAUCGGUUCUUAAUCUUUAACCAAUUUACAUAGAUCAUGUUGAUUUUAGGGUUCAGAUUGUGUUUUUAAAGAUAAUAUAUAAUCAUCCAAUGAUGCUGCUUUGAUUGUAAAUCCUACUGUAUUUUAUCACUUCUUAUUAUAACUGUUUUUUGGAGGGUGUGUUUUAAAGUGUUUUAGCUGUUUGGUGGUUUUAUUUUUAUUGACUUAAUAAAUGUGUUGUCUGAA